GGAUGUUUGUUCUGGGCCUGCCCUAUGCCAUCCUUCACGGUGGAUACCUAGGACUCUUUUUAAUAAUUUUCGCCGCAGUGGUUUGCUGCUACACUGGGAAAAUCCUUAUUGCCUGUCUUUAUGAAGAGAACGAGGAUGGGGAGAUAGUCAGGGUGAGAGACUCCUACGUGGACAUCGCCAACGCGUGCUGCGCCCCCCGCUUCCCCACGCUGGGGGGCAGAAUUGUCAACGUGGCUCAGAUCAUUGAACUGGUCAUGACCUGCAUCCUCUAUGUGGUGGUCAGUGGGAACCUGAUGUACAACAGCUUCCCCAACCUGCCCGUCUCCCAGAAGUCGUGGUCCAUCAUUGCCACGGCAGUGCUCCUGCCUUGCGCGUUCCUGAAGAACCUGAAGGCAGUGUCCAAGUUCAGCUUGCUCUGCACGUUAGCCCACUUUGUCAUCAACAUCUUGGUCAUCGCCUACUGCCUCUCCAGGGCACGUGACUGGGCCUGGGACAAAGUCAAAUUUUACAUCGAUGUGAAGAAGUUUCCCAUCUCCAUUGGCAUCAUCGUCUUCAGCUACACCUCCCAGAUCUUUCUGCCUUCCUUGGAGGGGAACAUGCAGAACCCCAAGGAGUUUCAUUGCAUGAUGAACUGGACUCACAUAGCAGCUUGCAUCCUUAAGGGACUCUUUGCCUUGGUGGCCUAUCUGACCUGGGCUGAUGACACCAAGGAAGUCAUUACAGACAACCUGCCAUCCACCAUUAGGGCAGUAGUCAACAUUUUCUUGGUGGCCAAAGCCUUGCUCUCCUAUCCCUUGCCAUUCUUUGCAGCUGUGGAAGUCCUGGAGAGGUCCCUUUUCCAAGAUGGAAACAGGGCAUUCUUCCCCAACUGCUACGGGGGUGAUGGGCGCCUCAAAUCCUGGGGACUCACCCUCAGAUGUGCCCUGGUAGUUUUCACCCUGCUCAUGGCUAUCUAUGUCCCACACUUUGCCCUCCUGAUGGGUCUUACUGGGAGCCUCACAGGCGCAGGGCUCUGUUUCCUGCUCCCCAGUCUUUUCCACCUCAAACUCUUGUGGAGGAAGCUCUUGUGGCACCAUGUCUUCUUUGAUGUUGCCAUUUUUGUUAUAGGUGGUAUCUGCAGUGUCUCUGGGUUCAUCCACUCUUUAGAAGGCCUCAUCGAGGCCUUCAGAACCAACGCUGAAGACUAAGGAGGAGCCAGAGAAUCACACUGAACAUCUGCAUAGCCAAAUAAUUCUGCAUCCCUUUAAUGGAAAGAGUCAUUAUUUUCGUUACGUGCAUCCAACAAAUUCUAUAUCAUAGAAUCUGCAAAUUACAGGAAAGAAGAAGAGAUGAAAGUGUUCACCCUGCUGUCUUUUUAAAUAAGCUAAGAUUUAAAUCUCUAUUUUUUGGUUAUUUAGGAUUUUUGGAAGGAAAUGAUCUGGUGCCCCAUCCUUAUCUCCUCACUCGUUGCCUGAAGCUUGGCCCCCCCAUGAAUGACCUGUUGGGAAACAGUUGCAGUCUUCAACACUCCUCACAGAUAUGCAAUUCAGUGUUUCAGGAGCUGAAACACAAGGUGCCGACCC